ACAUCGAAGUCGGAUGCUGCAAGCUCUGGGCUGAUGUGUUUUGCAAUAUUGAGUAUGAUCCUUUCAGGAACCUCUCCCGGUCGUUCUGGUACACCUGCCACCUCCAAGCUGACUCUCCUGUGGUACUGGUCAAGAUCGUUAAGCUGGAAGGUCAACUCACUGAACCUCUUCUGAAGACAGAUGUUCUGCUCCCUCAGUUCUCUGUUCUCCUUUUCAAUCUUCUCGGCCUUCAACUUCAUUUCCUCAAAUUUCUCGUUGAGGAACGACAGCGAGUUUACAAUGCUACUUUGUCCCUCUCGUACACUGUCGAUCGACUGCUCCAAAACGGUCAGCUUAGCAUUCAAGGAAUUUGAGAGUUUCCCUAGCUCAUCCUUGAUUAGUGAUAGAAGAUAGCUCUCAUUCGUCUCUACGUUAUCACCAGAGUUGUUUUUCGACGAUUUUCUCUUCCCAGACAUCGUUGACGUCACAAUGACAGGAAACAAUUAGAAUUACGCGCACAAAGAAUGGUUGCGCAAGGAGAUACCAGUAAUGCGUUCCAUCCAGGCCAGUAUGCGUUUAAUGAUGCGUUGCUAGGCAAUGACGCGUAAAUGAAGUUAUUUUUAGAAGUUUAUUGACACUUUCCUCUCCAAAAUGAUCGAAAUUUCAAGCAAAAAACGUUCGAUAAUAUCCAAAUAAGUUAUCCAAUUGAAAAAUGAGUAUAUCCUUGAUAUCCGCUAUCCAGUUUCUGAUACAACCAUAUAAAUCGUUUUCACAAAAUGUCAGGGAACACGGCAAAAUUGCACAAAAUGUCAGAGCACUUUUAAAACACGUCUGACCUCUCCAUUCGUCAUUCGAAAUAUAAGGCUACAUAAACCGGGAUUUAACUGGAGAUACUGAUCCAAAGAUUUUCUUUUUUCAUUCACAAUCUUGAUGAUGAGUCUAAGUGAGGGAACUCGGAUUAGAAACCAAUAUUCAAUGGAAUAAUAAUUAUUAUUACCACAAAUAAAAAUAUACCUCAUAUCCACUCAGUUGUUUUACGAAAUCUAGUCUUAUACACUGAUAUGAGGAAUUGUAUCAAGAAAUAUAAACAAUCUAUUCUGUGAUACAAAAAAAAUCACUUUUUUGUUAACCAAUGCAGUUCUGGAUAUCAAGAAAUAAAUUAAAUGCCGAAAGAUGAAACGGCUUCCAAUAUUUCGGUCUGCAACAUCUAAUGAAGCGUUUCAUGAAAGAACCUGAUGUUUAUCUUACAAGUCCCAUUCUUUCCGACAGUUACCAUGGUAACAGUUCUUAUCAGCCAAUCAAAAUCAAGUAAAGUUGUCAGACCCGACAACAUGUCAUCCGGCAUGUCACACAAAACUGUUGAUGAAUCGCUCCGCUGGAUGUGAUAGCCCAUUUUAGCAUAAAGCAUGUGCUACACGUAUAUCGCACAACAUUCUUCACUAUUACAGGUUGGCCGUCUUGCCGAUAGUGACGUAACAAAGAAUACUUAACGCCAAGUCUCUGUAUCAACAUGAUCAAUGGUAUUGAUCGAUUGCAAUGAGAGGGAGCGGUUAAAGCUAUAUUGAUUUUUGCCUUUUGCUUUUCAUCACAAUAAAAGUCGACGUAGACUUCAACCAUAAUUUACAUUCGAUCGUUUGGAUCAAUGCUUGAAAAACCCCAAGGAACUCCAUUUAUACAUGUUGUACGAAUCAAGCGUUGGCACUGCUUCGUUGGUUGAACGCCCCUAAUUUCAUCAUGCAACAACCUCAGAUCUUCUCAAACAGACUUCCCCGCGAUAGAUAUCUCUGCUUAAUAUAUAUCACUGAAGACAUCUCAAAGGCAACGUGAAUUCAGCUCGACUUGAUAACAUUAUCAAGUGAUGCCGUAUGAGGGCUCAUGAUGAAUAUCAGAUUGUCCAGGAGAAGAAUUCUAGCGUUCGCACUACCAUCACUUGUCAUUCUCCUUGCACUCAGCUACAAAUACCAUCAUGCCAAUGGCAACAUACUACUUCUGAACGGCAGAAAGGACUCAUCUCAGCCUGGAAAGGAGGAUCAAACGUAUGGAGGGGAACGCAUCAGGGACCGGACUGUAGAAAAUGGAGGAUCGAGAAUACAUCUCACUGAUAAUCAGCAUCUCGACACAAGUAAAUUCAGACACGCAAAUGAAGAUCAUGAAGAUGGAGCACUGGCUGGACAAGAGAUUACUCCUUCGCGUCGGUCAAGCAUUUCAGAGGCAACAUCGAGUGAUCAUCAAAGUGUGAAACCUCCAACGGGAGAUCUAGCUAUUGGGAACGAACAAACUGGUCCUUUUAUCAUUGAUAUCCAGAGAAACAACCAUGCUACAGAAGUAAAUAGUCAUGAUAUUAGGCCUACGUAUAAUCAAUAUCAACAAGUUAAAGAAGACAAAGCAGAUAAUGAUUCUGAAUUCGAAUCACAGACACUUCUCAUGGAUGCUUCAGACGAUGAAGAGGAAAGUUCUUAUCUAUACGAUAUGGAGAGUUCGCUGUCUGGUUUAAGUUCACCAGUGAAAGACAAUACUUCGGUUACCAGUGGAAAGUCAUGGACAUCGGUCAUUUCGGCCCAACAGAAUGAUGGUGCAGUACGUUCGUAUCAGCUGGUGGAUGAGGAUUUUGGAUCGCAUACUAAUUUAACCCAAAUCGGGGAAAACCUUAAAAACCAUUCAGUGAGGUCGUUCGAGAACAUGACUGACACUCAUCCCGAUCAGCAGUCUGGGAAUCAGUCGGUUGGUCUGGGCGUUAGCUUCGAUAAACAUAAACACACACAGUAUUUUCUUUCUAAGACAACACCUCAUCGUAAAGUUAAUUUCUCAAUAAAAGAAGACGUCGUCAUGGAGAUGAUGUCAAAUUACACUCACAUGCCUCCUGUAGAUCGGGCCGAGUUCCUUCAGCUACAGGCGAAUGGUAUCAUCCGUAGAAACGUGUCACAGAAACUUUUCAACUUGGCUCCUGAGGUAUUCAUGAAGACUCCAUUGACAUUCAGUACGCGGACCAAGGGACCUUGCUGGUUCGUAAAUAACGUCACAGCUCAGCCUCAGCAGAGGAUGCGAUGCCUUCCUUACUUCUACCUGAUAGGAAUGCCCAAAUGUGGAACAACUGACAUGUAUGAAAAAAUUACCGAACACCCUGCCGUGGUUCGUCUUCAAAAAGAGCCACAUUGGUGGACAAGAAGAAGAUUUCGAUUAAAGGGCCAAAGGAACGCGAAAAAAUCCUAUGAUGACUACCUUCACCAUUAUUCUGAUUUGGUGGAAGCAAUCUUCAAUGAUGGCAAACCAGAUGUCUACAUAGGAGGAGAUGGUUCUGCAUCCACCAUGUGGAAUAACGUCAAGAAUAUGAAGGUCAACCUCCUUCCCGAGCUCAUUCACAAGAUUCAACCGGAAGUAAAACUUAUUGCAGUUUUGAGAGAACCAGUAGAAAGGUUGUAUUCCGAUUACGUGUAUUUUCAUACCGAAGGGGCAAAUGCUGAAAGUCUACACAAGCAGGUGGAGGAAACUAUAUCCGACUUCACAAAAUGUACAAAACAUUAUCCACUCAGGUACUGUGCUGGACAAAAGACGAGUGCACAAAGAGCUCGGGUAACUCUGGGGUUGUAUUCAGUAUUUAUCGCUGAUUGGUUGAGAGUCUUCCCUCGUGACAGCAUUAUGAUUUUUCGGCUACGCGACUGGAACAAGGAAUGUCUGACGCUACUGCCAAAAAUAUUCGCGUUCCUUGAAAUCGAAACCCUAAAGGACAGCGCUAUCAAAAGGAUAUGCAAGGCAAAAAAGAAGAACGUCACCCACAAAGACAAGUUUCCGAUACUAAAUUCUACAUUUGAGUUACUCUCGGAUUUCUAUCGUCCUUACAAUAAAGAACUAGCUGCUUUACUCCAAGACGAACGAUAUUUAUGGUUAUAUUAGCUGUGCCCAUGCUGUUAAAAGAGACUGUGCCACAGUCAAUUUAAAGGGCGCCAUCUCAAGACCUAACUUACCUCGUCAUAGUCCAUAUCCAGGGGUGCAUUCAUAGAGAUAUAUACUAAUAACGUAAUUAGUAUACAUCUCUAUGGGUGCAUUUCAUCAAAAUGUGUCGUCCGUUUAGUUGUCCGAUCGUUGAAUUCGAAUGGCCGAGAAACAAUGUUACUAUGGUAACUGUCGGAUAAAAUGUCCUACGAUCCUUUAAUGAAAUGCUCAUCAGGAUGCAGUGUCUUGAUAAUAUAGUCUUAUAUUUUCUACUCACUACUGAAUAAUGAUGGGUGGAAUAGCCAUGGCAAAAGGAGAUGUAUACACAAGAAUACAAAUGGUUCCUUGUGGACUAUGUCAACACAGUAGAUUUUCCUGUAUUCACAACACAUUAACUAUAUUAGUCAAGAAAUGAUUAUAAUUGGCAUUAUCAUGCUUCGGACAUUCCUGGGGGUGUUUCAUAAAGCUGUUCGUAAGAUACGAAUGACUUUACGCACGUCUGGUGAUCCUUUCUUGUGCUGUGAUAUCCAUAUGUAAUUGAGUUAUGACCUAAGAACGUGUUCCAGUCGUGCGUAAAGUCGUUCGUAACUUUACGAACAGCUUUAUGAAACACCCACCUGUUUUUUUUUAUUCAAUGGAGAUUAAAUGACAAUCUUAAUUUUUAACCAAAUUCGCAAUAUAUGUUUAGAUUAUUUGAUGAAAAGGUAUAAGGCUUCUCCUUUGUCAAUAUCCCUUCAUCAGGGAUUCACUAUGCCCAGAGUUUGGAUGAUUUUUUUUCACAUUAGCUAUCUUCUCUGGUUUAUGUCUUUUGAUUCAGUAUCUUCUUUUAUCUGUCCUCUUUUUCAUUAUUAUUGUAUCUUCUUUCUUCAUUCAUCACCUCCUCAUGCGCUCCUUCCUCUUACCUAUAUACUCACGCUUCGCAUUUUUUCCUGUUCCAUUUAUUUAUCAACCAAUCGAGUCUUCUCUCCUAUCUCUCCCACCUAUUCUCCAUUCUUUUUUUUUCUUUUAUCUCCCACCCCCUCCUUGUCUCCCCCUUUUCCUCAUUCCCUUUCUGAUCAUUUCUUUAUCACUCUCUCUCUCUCUUUCCCUCUCUCUCUCUCUCUCUCUCCAUUACUCAUCCGCUUGUGCAAAUUUGCGUUGAAAAGUAUCCGUUUUGACAAUCAUGAUUCAAAUAUACAUGUAUAAAUCAAUUUUAUUGAUAUAUGAAUUAGCUAGUGCAUUGUUUUUAAAAUUCCAUGUAAUUCAGCAUUUAUGCUCCCAUGUGUGGUUUAUAUGAAUAAAUACAUGUACCAAUACAAUCAACAAUUUUAUAUUUCUGUUGCAUGGAAGCACGCGUACAUGUGUACUAUUGAUAUUGUAUUUGUUUAAAAGUGCUAUGGAAUUACAAAUGUAGAGACCCAUAUCUCUAGACAUCUAAUAUUUUAUGAAUUUUAUUCAGUAUCACUAACCAUAGUCAAUACAUUCCACUAUCAUUUGAAUAUUUACGUGAUAUUCUUUGCAAUGAAACAUAGAACGACGCAACACAUUUCAUCCCAUUUUGUGUAGGCCUUUCAAAUUUUCAAAAUGUUAUCAUUACCCGUCCGCGACAAACUGAUCAGACUUUGCAAUAAACAUUUUGUAUUCAUAAAGUACAUGUAGUAUAAUGUAUUACAGUGUUUAAAUUGUCCACGUUGAGUGAUUGCAAAUGAAAUCAAUAUCCAGAUUACAGACCUCUGACAAAAACUAUGAAAUAAAAUGUAUAAAAAACGUCAUUUGUAUACAAUCAGAAUAGUUUACACAAGAUUAAUAUUCAUUGGAAAAUCCAUUUGGUGUAGACCUCCGUUUCACAGUGAUAUCAAUGAUGAUAAUAAUGGUAUAUAGAAAUGAUUAAAUAUUUUAUCAUUUCAUUAAACAACAUUUUAUCAACAUCGUGUUGCACUCAACCCAGGUAAUAUGAAUAGGUAGCCUGCACGAUCGAAUGCGCUAAGUGCGGGGGCAGCUCGAGCUAAAUCGAGUUUACAAGUGGAAGGGCGUCUCGGGGUUGAUUAUUAGUACGCUUUAGAUUUAUCACCUAUAUACUAAAUUAAAGAAGCAGUGUCAAUCGAGAAGAGCCCGCGCCAUGGUCUAUGUUGUGAAAACAAAGCUCCCUAAUAAAUUUACGACGCAAAAUAAACAUCAUUCAUUAUUUUCAUUAUUAUCAUCAUUAUUGCUACUUUCAUUUUAAUAUCAUUUUUAUCAAGAUCAUUAUACAUUUUAUUAUUUCCUUUUUUAUUAUUAUUUAUAUCGUUGUCAUUAUUAUAAUUAUGUUACUAUCAUCAUCAUCAUUUUCUUUUUAUUCAAUGAAUUGAUGUAUAUGAGUAAAUAUCAUUGUAGAUCAAAGACAUGUCUUAUUGUGUAUGAUAAUUAUGUACACUGCCUACCGACACAACAGUAUAUCAGCAUAUCUACACAAGUAAAAAUUAGACCAAAAUUAAAAACUUUUAUGCAAACUGUUACAA